AACGAUUUGCUAUGCAAACAGUAAUUAUUUCGACACAUCUCAAACAAAAAACUAUUUGUCGUUCCGUUCCAACAGUUUGAACACUGAAGCCCCAAUUUCAUUUAUUCUUUUUAUUUUUCUUUCAAAUCCCCUUUUUGCACUAUACAGAUUUUAGCUAGGCUAGGCAUGCAUGCACAUAUAGAUACAACACUUGUAAAAAUCUACACAUACAUAUAUAUUUGUGUACGUCUCCCUCCCUCCCUCUCUCUCUCUCUCCUCUCUCUCGUUUUUCCCCCUGGUUUUGUCCGUCUGGAUUUUUUAGACUACAGUUUUGGACGAUACUACUGGUGCUAUACAGUUAUAUCCCUCUUGGCCGAAACUUAAACACACAUUUGAUAUCAGAUCAAACAAGUUGGAUGAAGAAAGUUGCCUGAAUUGUUUCUGGGUUCUUCUCUUUUGCAAUCAAGUUCCACUUUUUAAAAUUGUCUCAUGUGAUCAAUGGAUGCUCUGGCGAUAAGCUCUGUGCCAAUUUUUGUUGAUUUUAGAAAAGACACAUGGAUGCAGACGCUCAUUUUGUCAUUUCAGAGCCUUGGUGUAAUAUAUGGCCGCUUGAGCACGGCUCCCUUGUAUGUACUCGAAUCAAUUGAACCAGGGGACAUUUCAUCACCAGAUGAGAUGCAUGAACUCUUCUCAUUUAUUUUCUGGACCCUAACCAUCAUUCCGUUGCUGAAGUAUGCUUUUAUUGUAUUGAAGGCCGAUGACGAUGGAGAAGGUGGUCCAUUUUCAUUAUAUUCGUUACUCUGUAGGCAUGCUAAAGUGGGGCUGAUUCCAUCCAAUAGAGGUUCGGGCAAGAUCUUGAAUCAUGAAGAAGACGAGAUCUCUUCAGCUUCAUCCAAGGGCAAAUCAGAGAACAAAGCUAGAAAGGCUAUAGAGAAAUAUAAAAGCAGUCACUAUCUGCUGUUAUUCCUUGCUCUUUUCGGUGCUUGCAUGAUAUUAAGCGAUGCAGUUCUCACGCCAGCAAUUUCUGUGUUAUCAGCAACAUCUGGUCUUGGACGAUCAUUGGCGAAAAUAUCGAGAGUUUUCUCUUCAGAUAAAACAAAGGACCAUGUGGCAAAUGCCUUGAAGAAAUAUGUGCCAACUCCUGUCGCAUGUGCCAUAUUGGUUUGCCUUUUCACCUUGCAGCAUCACGGAACCAAGAGAAUUGGGUGCUUAUUUGCUCCAAUCGUCAUCACAUGGCUUAUCUUCAUCAGCGGGUUCGGCCUCUAUAAUAUUAUUCAUUAUGAUGCCCAGAUCCUCUGUGCCGUCUCCCCUGUAUACAUGCUGAGGUUUAUGAAGAAGAUUAAUCUCCGACACUGGAAACUCCUAAGCAGCAUAGUCUUAUGCAUUGCAGGGUCGGAGGCAAUGUUUGCAGAUCUAGGUCACUUUUCCAAGAAAUCUAUCAAGAUAACAUUCAUCUGCUUCAUAUAUCCUGUCCUUUUGCUAACAUAUGCUGGACAAGCUGCAUUUGUCUCGAAGAAUCUUGGUGCUGAUGGUGCAUUUCAUCUAAGUGAAUCUAUACCUAAUAGGAGUCUUGAGCAUAUAUUUGCUGUGUUGUCGCUGUUCGCUUCGGCUGUAGGAAGCCAAGCUACCAUCACAGCCGGGUUCUCCAUCAUACACCAGUGUCAGGCACUCGACUGCUUCCCCAGAGUAAAAGUUGUUCACACGUCGGAUAAAAUUUUUGGGCAAGUCUAUGUUCCCGAUGCAAACUGGUUGUUUAUGACUUUGAGUAUAGCAUUCACCAUUGGCUUACAUGAUAUAUCACAUCUCGGAAAAGCAACAGGUUUGGCUGUUACUGCGGGCUUGCUGGUAACGACUUGUUUAAUGUCGCUCGUGAUUGCACUGUACUGGGAGAAGCAUUUGCUUGCAUCAUUGUGUUUUCUGCUGUUCUUUGGCUCCAUCGAAGCAAUAUAUCUUUCAUCAACGUUGACGAGCUUCUUUCACGGCGCCUGGUGCUUGAUCAUCCUGUUCUUAUUCUUUAUGACUAUCAUGGCCGCCUGGCACUACGGCACUCUCAGGAAGUAUGAAUCCGAUGUAGAGAACAAGGUGUCAAUCGAGUGGCUGACGGAUUAUAGCCCUGGCCUUGGGGUGUCCAGGGUGCCUGGCAUUGGCUUCGUCUACUCCGAUGUCGACAUGGGAAUCCCUGCUUUCUUUACUCAUUUCAUCACAAAUAUUCCUGCUUUUCAUCAGGUGCUGGUUUUUGUAACCUUCAAGACUUCCCCGGUGCCGUACGUCCACGCAAGCAGGCGGUAUCUCAUAGGCAGAGUCGGCCCGAAAGAGUACAAAAUAUAUCGCUGCAUAGUACGCUACGGCUACCACGACAACGUCAGGGACACGGAUGAUUUCGAGGACCAGAUAAUCAGCUCGAUCGGAGAGUUCAUCGCGAAGGAGGAUUAUGAUCACGAAGCUUUGAAUUCCCCCGAAGGUAGGAUGAUCAUCCUCGGUGCCCCGUCCAACGACGGAAACGGGCUGAUCACAGUCGCCGAGACGAGCUCGAGCGAAUGCACGUUGUCCUUUGCAGCAAGCGGGUCUCGACGUGGUCUGCUGGAUGCUUCAUCGGGCAGCGGUGGUAGCCCUCCGGUGAACAGGAAACGGGUCCGAUUCAUGCUGCCACCGAAGAGCCCUCAAAUGCGCGCGACGGUCAGGCAAGAACUCGAAGAGAUCAUCGACGCUCGGGAAAGCGGGACGGCGUAUUUUUUGGGGCAGUCUCAUUUGAUGGCGAGGGAGGGCUCGAAUUUGUUCAAGAAGCUGUUGGUGAUGACUUAUGUUUUUCUUGAUAAGAAUAGUAGGGAGCCUCCAGUAGCACUCAACAUACCUAAUGCUGCUCUCUUGGAGGUUGCCACAGUUUAUAAAAUUUGAGGUCUUUGUUUCGAAGAAAACAACAACUUACAAAUAUAAAUGAUAGCCACCACUUGUGAAACCUACGGAAAGUUUUCUUAUUACAUCAUGUCUUAGAUCUUUUUGUUUGGACUCUUUGUAACUUCAUCUAGUUGAGAAAACUAAUAUAAAUGCUCUUAU